AUGAAGGAAGCCGUCGUUAGCAAAGGACCCAAAGUCGAAAUCAUCGACAGCCCCAUUCCCGAACCGAACGAUGACCAGGUCCUGAUCAAAGUCGUCGUGAGCGGCUCGAACCCCAAAGACUGGAAAUUGCCCGAGCUAUAUUCCUCCAAUGUCAGCAACCAGGGCGAUGACAUUGCCGGCAUCGUCGAGAAGGUCGGCGCCAACGUCUUUGAAUUCAAACCUGGUGACCGCGUGGCCGCGUUCCACGAGAUGCGGACCCCCGGGGGCAGCUACGCCGAGUAUGCCAUUGCCUGGCAGCACACAACCUUCCACAUCCCCGCCAAGACCACGUUUGAAGAAGCUGCCUCCCUCCCUCUUGCCGCCAUGACCGCCGCGGUAGGGCUCUACAACCGCCUGGGCCUGCCGCAGCCGUGGUCCCCCGCAUCCGCGUCGCCGCAGCCGGCGGAGCAGACGCCGCUGCUCAUCUACGGCGCGGCCAGCGCCGUGGGCUUCUACGCGCUGCAGCUCGCCCGGCGCAGCAACAUCCACCCGAUCCUGUGCGUGGCCGGCCGCGCGGCCGACUACGUCGAGCAAUUCAUCGACCGGAGCAAGGGCGACGCCGUCAUCGAUUACCGCCAGGGCGAUCAGGCGGUUGUGGAGGGCCUGGUGGCCGCGCUGAAGGGUAGUAAGCAGCCGUUGCGGCAUGUGCUUGACGCGGUCUCGGAGGGGAGCAGCAUCACGAAUAUUGCCGAGGUGUUUCGCCGGACGGCUGGAGAGUGGAAGGAAGAUGGAAACGCGGGGGCCAAGCCCAAGGUCACUUUCGUGCUGGGAGGAGAGAAGACGGGUUUGCCGGAUGGAGUGGAGUGGAGCAUCACCUUGGUUGGGGACGUGCAUAAGGACCUGAAGGAUCUUGGGUAUGUGUAUUUUAGGUACAUUGCUCGGGGCUUGCAGGAAGGGUGGUUCAGGGGGCAGAGGACUGAGGUGGUGCCCGGUGGCUUGGGAGGAAUCCAAACUGCGCUCGAGAAUCUCAAGGCCGGGAAGGCGAGCGGAGUCAAGUAUGUUUUCCGGAUUGCGGAUACGGAGGGUGUUGCGAAAUGA